UACAAUUUUUUUUAUAGUGAAAAAUUUAUCCAUAUACUUAACCCACUAAUAUCAAAAACUAUAUAUCCAUACCCCACAUCAUGAACAGAGGAAGAGGUGGAUUUAGAGGAGGCCGUGGUGGAAGACCCGCUCCAUUUCAACAAGGACCUCCUGAUACCGUUUUGGAAAUGGGUUCAUUUUUACAAGCUUGUGAAGGAGAUAUUGUUUGUCGUUCUAUAAAUGUUAAAAUACCAUAUUUUAAUGCUCCAAUUUAUUUAGAAAAUAAAACUCAAGUUGGUAAAGUAGAUGAAAUAUUAGGACCAUUGAAUGAAGUCUUUUUCACCAUUAAACCUUCAGAAGGUGUUAAAGCUGAAUCAUUUAAAGAAGGUGAUAAAUUCUUUAUUGGACCAGAUAAAUUAUUACCAUUAGAAAGAUUCUUACCAAAACCAAAGGAAGUUGGACCAAAACCAAAAAGAAAAUCUGCAGGUGGUGGAGCUCCUGGUGGUAGAGGAGGCUUUGGUGGCCGUGGUGGUGCUAGAGGUGGUAGAGGUGGAUUUGGUGGCCGUGGUGGUUCCAGAGGUGGAUUUAGUAGUGGAGGUCGUGGAGGAUCUAGAGGAGGUUUUGGUGGUAGUCGUGGUGGAAGUUUUGGAGGCCGUGGUGGUUCAAGAGGUGGUUUCAGUAGUAGAGGUGGCCGUUAAUGGUAAUUUCUUAAACCCUAUCUUCUACCCCCUUCAUUCCAAACACUUUUUGCACCUUGUUUGUAUAUUAUUCAUUUUAAUCUUUACUUAUGUACGAUUUUCUUUUUUCAUGUUAGAUAGAAUAGUUAGCUUCUAAGAAUAUCAAACGCAUUACAGCUCAGAAAGAAAUUGCUCUAAUUAUU